AUCUCUUAUACCAAAGUUCAAAAACCAACUCUCUUACAGCGCCAGAGCUCUCUCUUCUCUAGCUUUCUCCCAUUUCUUUGCUUUGUUAUAUAUUAUAUAUAGAUACACACACCUACACACAUCUGUGUAAAGAUUCGAAGUCACCGGGACAAGACUGCUAGCUCUAAAAUGGCCAGCGUUGCGGUGCCUGCCCACCAGUUGACCAAUUGGUCAACUGGUCUUUUUGACUGCUGCUCUGAUAUGCAUAGCUGUUGCUUGACAUAUUGGUGUCCAUGCGUUGCUUUCGGGCGGAUCUCCGAAAUUCUAGACAAAGGAUCCUCCUCUUGCGCUGGAAAUGGCUUGGUAUUUUUCCUCCUCCAGAGUUUAACUGGUUUUGGUUGUUUGUACUCGUGCAUAUACCGUGAUGAACUUCGAAAACUCUUUAUGUUGGAGGGGAGCACUAGUGAGGAUUGUUUUGUUCAUUGUUUCUGCGAGCCGUGUGCCUUGUGUCAAGAGUAUCGUGAGCUGCAAAACCGGGGCUUUGAUGUGUCUGCCGGAUGGGACGGGAACUCGCACCAGUACAAUCAAGUAGUACUGGCUAUGGCUCCAGUUGUGGAAGGAGGAAUGAAGCGCUAGUACUGCAGAUCGAAGACGUCCGUGCCUACGCGUACUUCUAAUGAAAAUAAUUAGGUUUAAUUGGCAAGUGUUAGAGAACGCUAGCUAUAGCAUGAUAUGUUUAAUAAUAACUCUGAAGUCGUAGGUACGCUAUCGUUUAAUACUCCUCUUGUGCCACUUAUAGAUAGAUAUUGCAAUUUGUAGUGCUGUAACAUCAUGAUAUCGUUCUGAAUACAAGUAUUAUCUGUGUUGAA